AUGAUACCGGUAGACACAUUGCCUCUCACCCACAAGCAGCUGGAGACAUACGCCCACGAAGGGAUCCUCUACAUUCCCAACUACUUCUCUCCAGAGGAAGUGUCUGUUCUGCGUGCUGCAACUGCCGAGGAGCUCCAACAGACUGGACGCUUCUCAUCUAAAGAAUCCCACGUUUCAAAAGUUGGCUGCACUUCCCAAAUUGGCUUCGGUUGCGGCGAACAUCCUCAAAGACGACGUCUAUGUUCACCAGGUCCCGAAGAUGAUUUUCUCCCAACGGCGAACGCCAUCAACUUUUUUAUUUAUCUGGACACUGUCGACGAAUUCAACGGCGCCCCGAUGUUUGUCCCUCUAUCUCAUAAAAUCACCGUCGAUUUGCCCGCGAACGAUCCAAGCGACAAGAUAACCGCGGCUUACAUGAGCUCAAUUACCGAAAAUCUAAAGUACACGAUCUCGAAGGACGUCCUUUCAGCGGCCGUCUCGGAAUAUGGCUUGGUCUUGGGACGAGGUCAACCUGGAGACGUUUGGCUGAUGCAUCCGCUUGUUUACCACGCAUCACCUGCCAAUCUAUCUCCGUUGGAUCGCAAAGUAGUCAUUGUCAGUUACAAUACGGUGCACAACAAGCCCCCAGUCGAAGGGACUCGGCCGUACUUUUUGGCGAGCAGGGAAUACACUCCCGUGCGCCCGUCAACAAACUGCCCGAGUUUGGUAGCGCAACGUCGAAGCCCGAAAGAGCCGCAGCCGACGGUGAUUGCCAGGGAAGGGCAAUUGCGAUAA